CCUCAAAGCUUUUACCGGCAUCGAAAACAAUUUCAAUAUUCACUAUGUAAUGUUGAUACUGACUUAUUGUUAAUUGUAUAGAUGUAACAGUGGUAUUUGAAACAAGCUGUAAAAAAUAUUGUAUCGAAAUAUCAUUCUUAAUGAAUGAAUAAAACACUUUGAGAACGAAAUGCCUAUUACGCUGGCACACGAAUUAGGUGCAAAGGCACGCACAAAGGACAUUAAAAUCCAGGAGAAUGUUACGUUUUAUCACCUAGGCUUGUCACAGAUUGUUCUCAAUGGGUUGGCAAACUGCGGUUUUCAAAAACCAUCUCCAAUUCAGUUGAUAGCAAUACCAUUGGGUCGCUGUGGAUUCGAUUUGAUCGUACGGGCAAAGUCUGGCACAGGAAAAACUGCCGUGUUUGGGAUCAUAGCACUUGAGAUGAUAGAUGUUACCGUAUCAUCUGUACAGGUGUUGAUUUUAGCUCCAACACGUGAAAUAGCUGUCCAGAUUGCUGAAGCGAUCACAUCGAUUGGAGCGAAACUGAAAGGACUUAAACUCCAGACAUUUAUAGGAGGUAUGGUUGUAGAGGAAGACAUAAAAAAAGUUAAAGGUUGCCACAUCGCAGUUGGUUCACCAGGAAGAAUAAAGUACUUAAUUGAUAAAGGAUUUCUUAAAGUCGAUAGCAUCCGACUCUUUGUCCUGGAUGAGGCAGAUAAAUUAAUGGAAGCAAGUUUUCAGAAGGACAUUAAUUUCAUUUUCUCAAAACUGCCACCCAACAAACAAGUGAUAUCCUCUAGUGCAACAUAUCCAGGUGACUUGGAGACAUUUCUUAAAUCAUACAUGCGCUGUCCAGUAUUAUCUUCCCCUGACAGCGAUGGCCCAAUUCUUAUUGGAUUGAAACAACUUGUAACUAUUGUCCCCUACCAUCCAAAUGCUAUGAAACAGGUCCAAAUUAAAGUGGAGGAGUUAGUUAAAAUCUUCAGCAAGGUCCCAUUUAAACAGUGUCUUGUUUUUACAAACUAUCAAGCUCGAGCCCAGUCAGUUUGCAAUAAGAUUUGCAGUAUGGGAUUCGCGGCAGUGUAUAUUGCGGGCAGUCAAGACAUGCACAAAAGACUAGAAGUCAUGGGGAAAUUGAAAAAUUUCAAGUGCCGAAUUUUAUUGAGUACCGAUCUUACUGCUAGAGGUAUCGAUGCAGAAAAUGUCAAUCUUGUGAUCAACUUAGAUAUACCUGUAGAUGGUGCUACAUAUUUACAUCGAAUAGGAAGAGCAGGGCGAUAUGGUUCUCAUGGUAUCUCUAUUAGUAUAGUAUCCGAAAAUGAGGUUACAAAUUUUAAGAAAUUAAUGGUGUCUGUCAGAGGUUCGCAAUUUUCAAUUUUUAAGCUUCCCAAAGAUUAUCCACGCGAUCUGUGGAAUGCUGACAUCGACGCUUUUGAAAAGAUAACUACUGAAGACGAUAUUGAAGAAGAUUCAGAAAAAAUUGACGCAAUCGUCUUAGAGUCCGAACAUGGGGUUCCCAUGAUUCCUAUUUUCACGAUACCAGAAACGAAACACCAUAAUGUGGAAACUGUUGAAAACACUGCUACUGAAAGCAAUAAAAAUAUAUCAACAGAUUUAGUUGCACCUAAAGCAUCCAAUGUAAUUGCUACCAAGACUGAAGCUGCAAUGAAUCCUUCCAAAUUAAUCACCACAGCUUCUACAUUUUCUGAUGGGAAUAAGUUUUUUAUAAACGAAAAAUCACUUCAAGAAAAUAAAGUCACUGCAACGGUUUCAAAUUCAUUAUCUAAAUCAAAUGUUUAUCAACUAAAAUUGAUGCCUGUCACAGAGGAUUCUUCAAUGUUGCAGAAACUUAAUGAGAAUGUAAAUUUUGAAUUGGAUCUUGAUAAUAUGCCAAAAGAUGAUUUCACAACAGAGGAUUUCAAUACUGUGAAGAAUUAUUUGAAACUUCCGAAUUACAAACAUUUACAGAAAAAGGAGCCUGUAAUUCAAAAAAGUUCAAUGUAUAAAAGUUCUGAAAAUGAAGAAAGUGACGAUUUAGAAAAUGUUCUUAAAUUCCUAAGCUGUUCAGAGGAGUCAGAAGCAUUGUUCUCCUCAAACAAUUACAACAAGGACUUUUAUAAUAGUUUUUGUAGAUUGUUGACAGUGCAAGAUGACAAGGAUGCAGACGAUGAUAAGUUGCAAAUUAAAGAAGCUUCUCUCUGGAAUGAAACACUUAAGUUUGAAAUUAACUCUCUUUCACACAAACUGCCAGGCAAGAAAUAUUUCGGAAAGGAUACUGGAAUCUAUGAUACGCAUUACACUGCGUUGAAGACAUUCUAUGAAAUUCAAAAGAAAGCACUUCUCUGGAUAUAUCCAGAGAUUCGUAGUGAACAAGAGACAGAUGACAGUUACGCUAAUUGCACGGAUAGUAAUUUAAAUCUAAUCGAACUGUAUAAAGAGAUAGAGGAAUACAAAAGUGUUCAUCGAAAACCUGGAAGAAAAUUCACUGCAUAUUUCCCAUUUCCAGCAGUAAGUGAAAAUGAAUCCCUGCCAAAUAUAUCACAUUUGAUGAUGUCAAAAGCUGAAAUUGAGGAAUAUCAAAAGGCAAUAAAGUAUUUACAAUAUUGGCGAUCUGGCCGAUACGAGCUUCUUGCACUUGAAGAAUUUAAUGCUUUCGUAGGACCAGAAAAACUACUUCAGUUGGAAGAAAAGAUAAGUCAUAAUACAACAACCCACAAUGACAGUAUAGAAUUUUUGAAAUCAGAAAAAGAAAACGCAACACCAAUUGAGCAGGACGCACCUAAAGUACUUAAUGAUUUAAAGCGUAGUAAUACAUUCACAGAAGUCAGUAAAGAAAAUCAAUUAGUGCAAUCAGAAAAGAGUCCCAAUGUUGAAAAACCAAAAGAAACUCACAGUAAGCGAUCACAAUCAAAACAAUCACGAUCGGGAUGCAUUGUUUCAUCAAGUAAUCGUUUAAAAAGGAAACUUCCACAAAAGAAGUUAAUACCUGUUCAGACAAAUAACCUAAAAUAUGGAGAAGAUGCUAUAAACAGUGAUUGGAAUGAUUUCGAAGCAUACACAACUGCGAAAUGUGAGCGAUCUUCUGAAACUAUUUCACAAGAUGUUGACCUUUCUUGGACAACAAUUCAAAUGAAAAAAACAGACAAGAAUAAAAGCGGUCAUAGUUUUAAGAAAAAUUUAGAAAUUCAGGAAACUCAAAAGAGUACCACACCUCAGCUUACGAAUGGACAUUAUUCGUAUGAUUACUUUCAUCGUCAAAGUUAUCCUUAUAAUGGUGUGACACAAGAGCAGUCAUCUACACGAAAAAAUCAUCAUCUGGCUCAGGAUAAACUUUCGGUAGAAAUUGAAGAAUUCUUCAGCGCUUUAAGACUACAAACAGACGAAUUGCAUUUACAAAACUAUAGUUCACAGAUGUUAGAGGACUGUCGCAGGAUGCAAAAGUAGCAAUAUCAUACAUUUUAAUUUUUUAAAGUUCUUACGUGAUGACAAUUAAGAUUAAAGGGAAGUAGCGUAAUUUGUACCAUAAAAGUGAUAUAAUCUAUUCCUGUCAAAUAUAUGUGGUAUUUUUAAACAAAACUUCAUGCGUUCCUCAACUUUCAUGUUUUCCGCCAUCUAGUUCAAAUGGACCCAUAGUAAUAAAUUGUCAAGAAAAUAAUACCAUUAUUUUAAUAAUUAAUGUUUAGCUAAUUAAAAACC